GCUUGUGGAAACAGCUGGUGGUUUCUGUCAGCGAACGCUUCGGAUUGAUUGCAGCUUUAGCAGGAAUAAAAGUUCAAAUUAGACUCGAAACUGACUGAGUGCGCUUUGACUCGAGUCUCCGCUGCUGUUCCACCAGACGCCGGGACAUGUCACUCCGUGAACGCCACUUUAUCAGUUGUUAAUUAACGACCUAGCUUGUUAGCGGCAGAGCUCUGACGCUCGACGCAGCCGGCUGCUAACGCCAGCUAGCUAACUUUGUACUCUCAUAGCAACUACCACGAAAUAGGUUUUGUGUCCUCGCAGAGGGAACUGUCAGCUGUCGGUUCCCUGACAGUUUAGGGCGAGUUUUUUUUUUCUUGCUCAAUUUCACCAUGACUCAUGUUCAUUAUAAAUUCUCGUCCAAACUCAGCUACGACACGGUGGUUUUUGACGGCCCGCACAUCACGCUGAGGGAUCUGAAGAGGCAGAUCAUGGUCAGGGAGAAGCUGAGAGCCGGGGACUGCGACCUGCAGAUCACAAACGCACAGACCAAACAAGAAUACACAGACGAUGAAGGUCUCAUCCCCAAAGGCUCCUCUGUCAUCGUCCGGAGAAUCCCCAUCAGUGGAGGCAAGUCCAGCUCCAACAGCAAGACCCAUAACAUUGAGCGUUCAGAUGCCCAGCUUCACCACGCCUUUGGAGCACUCAAAGCAAUGGAUGACCAGACUACUUCCAGUGCCUUGCCCUUUUUCUCCAAGAUGGUAAACCUGGCUGAUGCGGAUGUGCCAGAGGAGGAUAAGAUCAAAGUUAUGCUAAAUCAGUCUACCUACGAUUCCAAGAAUUACAACAAAAAGUUUGGUACUGUUCUUCCUGCAAACUACACUUGUUAUCGCUGUGGAAAUACUGGACACCACAUCAGGAACUGUCCUACCAGUGGGCAGGAUAAAAAUUUUGAGGCCCCACUGAGAAUAAAGAAGAGCACAGGCAUCCCUCGUUCCUUCAUGGUUGAGGUGGAUGAUCCCAACAUAAAAGGAGCCAUGCUGACCAACUGUGGACGUUAUGCCAUUCCUGCCAUAGAUGCAGAGGCAUAUGCCAUUGGGAAGAAGGAGAAGCCUCCGUUUGUUCCACAAGAACAACCCAAGUCAGAAGCUGAGGAAGAGCCUGUACCUGACGAACUCGUCUGUCUAAUCUGUCGUGACCUGCUGAGUGACGCUGUGGUCAUACCCUGCUGUGGAAACAGCUACUGUGAUGACUGUAUUCGCACCACCUUGCUGGAUUCAGAGGAACACGUCUGCCCCACCUGUAGCCAAUCAAAUGUCUCCCCUGAUACCCUGAUAGCCAAUAAAUUUCUCAGACAGGCUGUCAACAAUUUCAAGAAAGAGCGAGGCUACACCAAAAGCCUGACAAGGAGGUGCGGUAUGUCCCAGUCCCAAAAUCCAACCCUGACACCGAGCCCUGCCCCAACACCGCCCCCUCUAACCGUGCAGAGCCAGCCUCAGAAGCCUCACCAGUCAACGUCUAGCCAGCUGGACUCUCUCGUGCACCGCCCACAGGCUGCAGACGCUCCACCACUGUCUGGAAAUCCUUCGGCAGAAACAGGCUUUGCCUCUACUUGCAACACACCUAGCACUUCCCUCCAGCCUGAGCAAAGCUGCCUCGAGUUACCUGACAAGAAGGCUGAAGAAGAGACACACGAUGACUCGGCUGCUGCUGCUGCCCCUGCUGCCCCUUCUGUACUGGUUUCAGACAAAGAGCCAACUGCUGCUCCAUCACAGCUGAUACCAGUGAUUAACAACACAACAGUGGCAGAGCAGCCCCAGACCAGAGUCAGUGUGAAUCAACAGCAGUCCUCCUUUGGUCCAGCAUCGAGACACUCAGGGCCACCAACUUUCUGGGGCAGCUCCUCAUCCUUCCCAGGCUGUCCCACUGGAGGCUGGACUCAAUCCCAACAGCUUAAUUCCUCCUCCUCCUCCUUUUCCUCUUCCUCUUCAUAUACACCUACUGCUCAAUCUCUCUUUCCCUCCCCCCUUCUUAACACAUACCUCUCAGCUCACCGGUCUCAUAGCAGUUACCCUCCUGGAUACCCACCUACCACGCCCAUGUGGAAAUUACCAUGCACCCAGGGUGCUCCCAUCCCUUCCCUCUGCUCCCCUGCCUCCACCUCUUCCAUCCCUUCCCUCAUCCCCAAGGAGUGGGACAGGCAUCAGAGAAAGAAGAAGGGAAGGUCACCUCACAGAGGAUCUACAUACAGACGCUCUUCCUCUCGCUCUAAUUCAAAGUCUUCCAAGUCCAAGUCUUCUCGAUCCUACUCUCGCUCUUCAAGCAGGUCCCAAUCCCGUUCGCGAUCCAGAUCCCAAGGCAGAUCAAGGCCUCGCUCACCUUACUCCCGUCACAGAGAUCACCACACCCGUUCUCAUGCCUCCCACUCCUAUACCUAUGGCUACAAACGCUCACGCUCCCCUACACCUUCCUCGUCAUCUUCACCUCAAGUUGGUUACCAUUCCAGGUCCAAGUCACCGUCAGAUCAUCGAAAAAAUCGCCACCACAGCGGCCAUCGCACCAAGAAGUCUGCUUCAAGCAGCUAUAGCUCCAGGAGGCAAGGAGAACCCCCAGAGAGAGAAGUGGGAGGCUCUGGGGCGGGUUUAGCCAGUUCCCUGUAUGGUCAUGACGCAAGCAGUCUGGAGCUGGACAGAGAGCGCUACCUGCAGUGGAAGGAGGAGUACAAAGAGUGGUAUGAGAAAUAUUUCAGCAGCUAUGUCAGCCACUUCCACCAGAUGCAUAUUCCCUUCGUCAAUCUUCCUCCUCCUCCUCAGUGGGAAGGAAGCCAAAAUCAAUCACAUGCCAACUCGGAUUCUCGCCACCGAUGCACUGCCCGGAUGGACGGCCGCUCCCCUCCAUCGCAGUCAUCCAGUGACAGCCGCUCCUCUCCAUCUCAGUCUUCAAGUGAUAGCCGCUCCACGCCAUCUCAGUCAUCUAGUGACACUCGCUCCUCUUCAUCUCAUACAUCCAACGACAGCCGUUCCCCUCCCUCUCAGUCGUGCAGCGAUGGUCACUCCACACCGUCGGAAGACGGAGCUCAGCCAGGGGCAUGUCAACAACAGAGGGACGGACACCUGCCAAAGAGUAGUACGGAGGUGGAACCGCAAGAAAGAAGUAAAGAUGACCAGGGUAUUACAAAUUUGGAGGACCUCAGCACCAGAAUAUAUGCCCAAAGGACAAUGAAGGAGCAUGAGGAAGGAAGACAAGAGGAGUCGUCAUCCCCUGAUGCUGCAGACUCAAGAAAUAACAGCAGAAAGAAUGAGAGGAGACAUGAGACUGGACCACAUACAGGCAUGGAUGACACCUCAAUGCGGGACAAAGCAACUACCUUAAAACCUCAGUCUUUGGAUAAAGACUGUGAAAGAAAAAGCAGAGAACAAAGAAACUUGAAAGGAGAGAAACGAUGGAGAAUAGGCAAAGAUUCAGACUCCAGGCAAGAUGUGGAGAGACGGCACAAAAUAAAACCCAAUAAAGAGGCAGACAGGGUGGAUUCAGAUACAUACAGAAACCCUGGAGGCACCAAAGCUCCUGACUUAAGAUCAGACAAGAAUAGAAAAAGAACAGAAGAGAGAGUGAAUCCGAGUGAAUCCCCCAAUCCUUUUGACAGAAAGAAGCAAAAAACAGAGAAUAAAAAAGAGAAAAAAACAUGGACUCUGUCAGAGGGAGACAUCUGGGAGGGAGGAAUAACGGUGAAGCCACAGAAGAAAAUCAACAUCAACAUCAACCUGGAUGGGAAAAAGAAGGAGGAGAAAACUGAAAAACAGUGGAGUGUUGCAGGAAAAUCAAAGGAAGAAAUUAGGAAGACUGGUGAUGGAGAAGAGAAGUCAAACAGAGGAGAGACUGACAUUAAGGAAAAGACGGAAUCUAGCAGAGAAAAAGAAGGUAUGUUUGAAGAAAAAAUAAAACCAGACAAAGGAGAGGCAAGGCAGUCAUGGGAGAGAGCCACCUUCAGAGAUGACAAGAGAGAGAUGUGGGAGAAAACUGGAGUUGAAGAAAACACUGGAGAAAAGAAAGAGGACAGAGAAGAGGAGGACUUUGAUUUAUGGCAUUGUGCCCUUAGAGGAGUGAAUGAGGAAAAGGAGAGUAAAAAACAGUGGGAGGAAGGACGCAGCAUGAAGGCCGGCAAAGGAGAAGAGGUGACAAGAGACGAGAGGAGGAGCAUGACCGGAAAAGUGGAAGAAGAAGAGCAAGGGCAAGGUGAUGAGAUGGGAGCGUUAGUCCAAAAUUCCCAGGAGAGGGCAGAGGGAGAAAACACAUGGAAGGAAAACAGAGGAAACCUGCCGGGAGAGUCGAAGCCAAAGGAGGCACUGAUGGAGGGAGUGAAGAGGAGGAUGGUGAUAGAAGAAGACACGAUGAGGUUCAAGUCACAGAGCAGCAGAGACGCGAGCCAACAUAACAGACCAAACUCCAACAUGGACAAUGGCAGGACGACAGUGGUUAAAACUCUGGAGGACUUUGCCCCAGACAGAGCCACAGAGAGGGAGGAUCAGCUCGUACCCAUACAGGUCCCUCGCUCCAAAUGGGAGAAGGAAGAGUCUGAGGAGGAAGAGCGGAGCGAAGGAGAAGUCAGAGUUCAAAAGCUUCCUCCUGUGGUUCUGUCUUCACCCUUGAUGACACCAGCCAACAGGGAGACACAGGGAGACCAUGACCAAAAGAGACAGAGGUCAGUGGACAAAGAGAGAGACAGAGCAAGGCAGAUGGAAAGGGACAGGGAGAAAGAGAAAGAUGUCACUCUGCCCAGUUUAGACAGAAGUGUGGCUCCCUCUAGUGGCAAAGACAGAACUGACAGCACCUGGUGUAUGGACAGACAGAGGGAGAGAAGGAUGGAGAAGGAGAGGUGGAGCGGCAAAGAGAGAGGGAGGGAGAGGUCAAGGGAUAAACAGAAAGAGAGCAGAAGAUCAAAAGAAAAGACAAAGGAGGAAGAGAGGGGGAGAGAGAGGGGCCACAGCAGCAUCGCCUCGGGCCAAAAGAAGAAUCUCCCUUCCUCCGGUCACUUCUCCUCUUAUUCGACGUCACAGGAAAUAGAGAGGAGAGACCGGCAGCGAGGGGGACACCAGGACCAUGAGAAGAGUUCCAGUUCCUUAUGUCUUGCAGGGAAACACACUGGCAGCGGAAGCAGGGAAAGAAGCUUGACAAGUAGAGCCGCCGAACUGCCUGAUAAACAUGCACACAAAACAUACAGAGACAUGUUACUGGACCCGAAACGUAAAGACAAGAACCCAAAUCCCCAUGACUACCAUAAUCACCGAGAUCCAUCAGGGAACCACAGACAUCAAGACAGACCCGCAGGGACCCACUACUCCUCACCUUCCCUCCCCUACAGCCAGGGUAAGAAGAGAGACCCAUACCCUUCCAGAUCCUCCAGCCCCAAGCCCAGUAAGUCCAGAGGGAGUAGCCCUGGUCAGGAGUUAAUGCAGAACAGAAGUAGAAACGAGAGCAAGGAGGAGACAGGGGAGUGGAAGAGAAACAAGCUGAUGAAAGAAAGCAAAGGGGAGAGAGAAAGAGGUAGCGAGUGGCAAGAUGAGUCUGAUAAAUUGGCCGGAGAGACCAAGUGGGAGGGAGGGAGAGAGGGAGAGGAGGGGGAGAGGCCCAGCAGCCGCAGCAGCGUCAGCUCAUCAGCAAGCCAGGAGAACAGCAAGGACGACAGGAGGGAAGAGAGGAAGAGGAAACACAAAAAGGAGAAGAGCCACGCUGCCCCGGAGCUGCUGGAGGAAGAGGAGGUGAAGAAAUACAAACACAAGAAGAAGUCAAAGAGCAACAAAGACAAGAGGGAGGAGGAGAGUGGAGGAGAGGCGGACGACAGGUGGAAAGAGGAGGAAGACCACGCUAAGCUCUGCUCAUCCAUGUUAUUGUGAUCGUCAUGGAGAAAAGUGAAAUUUACUUGAAUGAUGUUUUUCCUUUCUCUGUCCAAAAAGUGCCUGGACUCUUUUUUUGUUUUUUGGCUUGUUUUGUUUUUUGUUUUUUCCAGGAUACUUUUUGUAUCAGCUGAACAUCUCUCAUAUUAAAAAUGCAUUUGCAAUCCAUUUGUAAAGGAAAAGCACUUUAAACUAAAUAUAUAUAUAAAAAAAAAUGAAUGUGAAUGAAAGCAAAAGUCGAACCUUUGACCUCUUUGUGUUUCUGAAUUAAGGUUCAAGGAAUUUGCACAUGCUCAGGACUGCCAGCAACUACGGUUCAUAUUUACUGAACCUGCAAUGUUACAGCUCGCAUGAGGAAAAUCUUACAUUUGGAUAAGAGGUCGGUCAGUGAGUUGAUUUGCCUCACACAUGGAGUGCACAUAGAGGAUUAUUGAAAGAGUUUGUGAUUCACUUAAAACAGAUACUGUGAAUAUUUAUGAUUUGAACCUCUGUGUUGUAUUUUGUUUUUCUUUUUAAUUUUGUAAAUGUUUAAUUUAAAAACAUCAGCUGCUGGAUGGAUGAAUAAUUUAACAGAGGAAAGUUUCGUUUUUUUCCUGUUUUAAAGGAAAAUAAAAAGAGACAUCCAUAAAAUGUUGCAUUUUUUUUCUGUGUAGAUGCCAUUCUUUAUAUGGCUCAUAAAUAGGUCAAAACUGUUAUUGUUUACGCCAUGACAGUGUCAAGUGAAAGGAGGAAGCUCUAGGGACAGGAUUUGCUAUUUUUUGUCUCUGGCAUUUGUUUCUCUGUCAGCUAGCUGUCCAUAGUUUGGAAAUAUUGUGCUUUUCAAGAAAAAAACUAACAGUUUCUUGGGGACUGUCAUUUCACAGAGCAACAAAAGUGGAAGUUUCAGCUGAGUUUUCUCCUGACAGUAUUUUUAGCCAUAGUCGCAGAGUGGCUGUAAAGACUGACACUAAACUAAGAUGCUGAACAUGGUAACUUUACACCCUUUUAUUGUCAUGGAUGUUUUUGAUUGAUUUAAUGGAGAUUAGCCAAUUUCUCACAGUUUUUCUUGCUUAGCUG